UCAGGACACCGAUACAAGCUCUGUGAUGGAGAGAUCAGAGUCACCUGCACCCAGCUGUCUGUCCAUGAAGAGCGAUGGCUCAAUGAGACCCCCAAUUGAAUUUAAAGAAGAAGAUCCAUUUGACACAAGCCCCCAGAUGGAGAGAUCAGAGUCACCUGCACCCAGCUGUCUGUCCAUGAAGAGCGAUGGCUCAAUGAGACCCCCAAUUGAAUUUAAAGGAGAGAGUUCAUUUGACACAAGCUGCCAGGUGGACCAGCCUGAGUCACCUGUACCUGGCAGUCUGUCCAAGAAAAAAGACAUGAAUGGGGACAUUGACCAGAAGGAGAAACUCAUCCAACCAGAGCUACAAGAGAUGCAGAACAGUAGAAGACUGCUGAAGAUACAGCAGACACUGAAAGCAAUACUGAAAAGGAAGUAUGAACACGUAUUUGAAGGGACAGCAAAGCAGGGGGAUGCUGCAUUUGUCAGUGACAUCUACACUGACCUGUACAUCACGGAAGCUGAGAAUGAAUGGGUCAAUGAACAUGAAAUGAGGCAGAUCGAGACAAGAUUUAGGAAUCAAAUUAGACAGGAGAGAGCAAUACACUGCAAUGGCAUCUUUAUACCCUUUUCUGGUCAAGAGCAUCCCAUCAGGACUGUACUGACAAUGGGGAUCGCUGGAAUUGGAAAAACAGUCUCUGUGCAGAAGUUCAUCCUUGACUGGGCAGAAGGAAAAGCAAAUCAGGAUGUUCAUUUCAUGUUUCCUCUUCAGUUCCGCGAUCUUAAUCUUGAAGAGGGUAAAAAGUUCAGUCUUAUGGGACUUCUUCAUCACUACUUUCCAGAACUAAGGAAAAUGAAACAGUGUGAAUUUGAUCAAUUCAAAGUUUUGUUCAUCUUUGAUGGUCUGGAUGAGUGUAGAUUUUUUCUAGAUUUCCAGAACUGUGAUGACUGUAGUGAUAUAAGAGAGGUAACAGAACUGGACGUCUUACUGACAAAUCUCAUUAAGGGAAGCCUCCUUCCCUCUGCUCACCUCUGGAUCACCUCCCGGCCAGCAGCAGCCAGUCAGAUUCCUCCUGAAUGUGUCCAUCGUGUGACUGAGAUACGAGGGUUUAAUGAUCCACAGAAGGAUGAGUAUUUCAGAAAGAAAAUCGGUAAUAAGACCAUGGCAAAGAAAGUCAUCUCCUACCUGCAGAAGUUAAAGAGCCUCUACACCAUGUGUCACAUUCCAGUCUUCUGCUGGAUUUCAGCAACCGUUCUUAAGAUGUUAGAUGAAGACGAAGUUAUCCCUACUUCUCUAACACAGAUGUACAUUCAUUUCUUGCUCAUUCAGACAAACAUCAUUGAACAGAAGUAUCAUCAGAGAAAAAUGAAGAAUAAGUCUUUACAAUCCAACAAAAUCAUUUUCAAACUGAGUAAGCUGGCUUUUCUGCAACUGGAGAAGGGACAGCUAUUGUUUUAUGAACAGGACUUGAAAGAGUGUGGUAUUCAUCAAGAAGAAGCUUCAAUCUACUCUGGAUUGUGUACAGAAAUGUUUAAAAAGGAAGAUGUGAUGUCUCAGAAGAAAGUGUACAGCUUUGUGCACUUAAGUGUUCAGGAAUUCCUGGCAGCAUUGUAUGUGUUUCAUGUACACAGAACCAGCAUCUGCAAUCUUCCUUUGCUUGACAAAACCCAUGCCGACACAUUGACAAGCCAAAUCGUUUUGAACUUGCACAAGAGUGCAGUGGAUCAGGCCUUGGCCAGUGACAGAGGUCACCUGGAUCUUUUCCUACGCUUCCUUCUCGGCAUUUCGCUAGAUAACAAUCAGAAACUCCUGCAAGUCUUACUGCCAGAGAGCAUCUCACUGAAUAUUGAGGGAAUCAAUCAAUACAUUAGGAAGAAGAUUAAGGAGAAUUUAUCAACAGAGAAGACAAUGAAUCUGUUGUAUUGUCUAAAUGAACUGAAUGAUACCGGCUUAAUUAAGAAAGUCCAAAGUUUUUUGAGAUCUGGAAAUCUAUCAGACCAAAGUCUUUCAGUGGUACAUUGGUCUGCUCUGGUUUUUGUGUUGCUAACAUCGGAGGAGGUGCAAGAUGUAUUUGACCUGAAGAAAUACAUCAGAUCAGACGAAGCACUAGAGAAACUGUUACCAGUCAUCAAGUAUUCCAGGGUAGCCCUGCUUGACCAGUGUAAGUUAACCGAGCAAGGCUGUGAAUCUUUGACUACGGUUCUCGGCUCUGAAUAUACACUCCUGAGAAAACUGGACCUGAGUGACAAUGACCUACAGGAUUCAGGGGUGAGGCUACUCUCUGUUGGACUGGGGAGUUCACAGUGUAAACUGGAGAUACUGAGACUGAACAGGUGUAGCCUAUCAGAGAAAUGCUGUGAAUGGCUGGCCUUAGCUCUCAGCUCAAACUCCUCAAACCUGAAGCAACUGGACCUCAGUGACAAUGACCUGCAGGAUUUAGGAGUGAAGCAGCUCUCUAAUGGACUGGGGAAUCAACACUGCAAACUAGAGAUUUUAAGGCUGUCCCUGUGUCAGAUUUCAGAGGUGGGCUGCACCUCUCUGGCUUCAGCUCUGCAUUCAAACCCCUCACACCUGAGAGAGCUGGAUCUGAGCUACAAUCACCCAGGGGAGUCAGGACUUAGGCUGCUAUCUGCCUGCCUGGAGGACCCCAGUUUUAAACUGAAGAAGCUGAAUGUGGACCAUAGUGCAGAAUGCCGGAUUUUACCCGUGCCAAGAAAGUAUACUUGUCGGCCCACGCUGGACCCCAACACAGUGAACGUAAACCUGAUUCUGAGUGAUGAGAACAGGAACGUGGCUUGGAGGACGGAGGAGCAGCCAUAUCCUGAUCACCCACAUAGGUUUGACUGCUGGGAACAAGUGCUGUGCAGUGAGGGUCUGGCUGAUCGCUGCUACUGGGAAGCUGAGUGGGGUGGGACGUAUGGAGUUACGAUAGGGAUGUCUUAUAAAGGAAUCGGUAGAAAAGGUCUAGGUGAUGAUUCCAGGCUUGGCUACAAUGAUAAGUCCUGGGUUCUGUACUGCACUAAUAAGAACUACAUUGCUAUUCACAAUAAGAAGGACACAGAAAUAGCUAUACAAGACUUCACACAAAGAAUAGCUGUGUACCUGGACCAGCCAGCCGGCAUUCUGUCUUUUUAUAGUGUUUCCUCAGGAAAACUGACCCUUGUGCACAGGUUCCAGUCCACUUUCACUGAGCCCCUCUAUCCCGGCUUUUGGGUUUCCAAAUCCGGCUCCACUGUGUCCCUUUGCCAUUUGGAAGAGCUACCUAUGUAAGGGGUUAUGAUAGACGAAUGGAUCGUUUUUGUGUUUGUUUUUUUGGGGGAUUUUAUCUGAGUUUAUUCAGCUUCCAUGUAAAUGAGGUGCGUCAGCUGAUGGGUGGGGAGGCUCGCACUCAACACCCAAUUGUGUUGCACGUUGACUCCACAUGCAUUUAAGAAAAAGUGGAAGUGGGAUUUAC